CCGCUACCUCAAACCAUCUCAGUGUGUCCUCGUUUGUGAACGCGCGACAAGUUUAAAUACGUGAGAUGCGAUUGUGCAUAUUCUAAAUACUACUUAUUUAUUUUUUCGUUAUAACGAUCUUCAGGAUGUGGAAGUGCUUUCUUUUAUUUGUGUUUUUGUUAACUUUCACUCUAUCGGAGGGUGAUUUAUUGCGUACGAAGCGUGGUGUGUAUUCGAAGAAUUUCUUCGGUGGUGUUUGGGGCAACCGACCACCACUACUUGAAGCGGGCCAGGCCAAGACUACGUGCACAUGUAAAUGUGGCGAAAGAAAUGAAGUCUCCCGCAUCGUAGGGGGUGAGGAGGCUGGUGUCAAUGAGUUCCCUUGGGUUGCCAAAAUGACAUAUUUUAAAAAGUUCUACUGCGGAGGUAUGCUGAUCAACGACAGAUAUGUUCUUACCGCAGCACAUUGUGUGAAAGGAUUUAUGUGGUUCAUGAUAAAGGUGACUUUCGGUGAACACAACCGCUGUAACGCGACCACGCGCCCCGAGACUAGAUUUGUUAUUCGCGUCAUUGCCAACAAAUUCUCUCUCGCCAAUUUCGACAAUGAUAUCGCCUUACUUCGUCUGAAUGAGAGGGUUCCCAUGACUGCUGCUAUUAAGCCUAUAUGCUUGCCAAGUGACGAUAGUGACCUCUAUGUGGGUGUUAAAGCAGUGGCUGCAGGAUGGGGAACGUUGACGGAGGAGGGAAGAGUAUCGUGCACACUGCAGGAAGUUGAGGUGCCAGUAUUGAGUAAUGAAGAGUGUCGCAAUACUAAGUACACUUCCUCAAUGAUCACUGACAACAUGCUGUGCGCGGGAUACCCCAAGACGGGACAAAAGGAUUCCUGUCAGGGAGACAGUGGUGGUCCGCUCAUCACAGAGAGAAAGCACGACAAACGCUAUGAGCUAAUCGGUGUUGUAUCUUGGGGUAACGGAUGUGCACGAGUGGGUUACCCUGGCGUCUACACACGGGUUACCAAAUACAUAGACUGGAUUAAGGAAAAUACUAAAGACGGGUGUUUUUGUACAGAUUAAUUUGAAAUACUCUAUUUUCUAACUGGUCACAUUAAACAAGAAGUUUUUAAUUACAAUUCUUUCUAUGACUAAAAUCAAACAGACUAUAAAGACAACAAAAAAAAAAUAUAGUUUUUAAAAUAUUUAUUAGAAU